AUGUAUAGUCAAGAAAUAGAUUCAAAUAAGCGAAAAUAAAAUGAAAUCACUGAAAAAUUUAUUUUGGAGUUCACUUAAAUUAAAAAAGAUAGGGAUGAGCUCCUUGAAAGAAUGGAAAAAGCAUAGCUCAAUUAUAAUUAAGAAUUAGUUAAUGAAAAAGAUAAAUAUAAAAAACUUCAAUAAGAAAAUUCCAAACUGUCCAAAUCCAUCAAGGAAUUAAAGAACGAACUGUAAAAUUAUGAAUCUAAGCUUACAAAAAAAGAAAUGGAAUGCGGUGAGUUAAAAAAGAGAAUCGACACUAAGAUUAUCAUAGAUGAUAAAACUAAAGAUAGAGAUACUAAUAUUUUUAUGAAAUUUUUAGGUCGCAAACCAGUAGCAUCAAAUAGCCAGGACUAAAAGUUAGUUACUAUAUUGAAUCAUUUUGAGAAUCAAAAAGAAAAGCUUGAGAAGGAAAUGUCUUAUUGGAAAAAAGAAGCUGAAGCACUAAGAGAAACAAUAUUAGAACAAAGAGGAGAAAACAGUAAACUAAGUGAUGAAGAAAGGAACAAAUCUAGAUUUUUUGAAAAAGUCAAAGAAGAAUUAAUGAAUUAAAUAAAUCAACUUUAAGAAGAGAAGGAAAGACUUUUGGAUAUUAAUUUAAGACUAACAAAGAGCAAUGAUUUUAUAUAAAAGGAUCAUCAAGCCCUAUAAAUUGCUCAUUCAGAAAUGAAGGAAUUAUAUAAAUAAUUAAGAAUAGAUUAUCAAAAUUUAGUACACAAAAAUUAAGAGCAGUAUUUAUAGUUUUAAAGCAUAACUUCUGAAAAAAAUAUGAAUAGUAUAAAUCAGUAGCAAUAAGAGCCGCAUUAUAAUGAUGAAAAUGUUAAUAAUCAAAAUAUAGAUAAUUAUUAAAAUAACAUUUCCCAGCAAAAACUUUUUACUUAGCCUGCUAUGCAAGAGCCAUAUCCUUAUUAAAAUAGUGUAAAGCAUAAUAGGAGUAGAUCAAAAACACCUGAGCAGAAUAGAAGUAACGGAUUUUAUGAUGAAGGCCAGCAAAAUUCUGCUACAAAAAGGCGAUCUGAUCAUAAGUUAUUAGGAAAUAGUGCUACUUCCUAGCAAACACAAUAAAUAAUUGCUGCCUAAUAAGAAAUAAUUUAGCAAUUGUGUGAUAUCUAUGCUGUAGAAAGUGAAGAUGAGCUUGUUCAAUGCGCAUAGAAAACUGAAUUAGUUAUGUAAGCUAUACCUAAAAUGGAAUCUCUGCUAUAAUAAAUAACAGAAAUAGUCUUUGGAAAUAACUCUUAAUAACCUCAUGAUAAUUCUAAUAAAAAAGAAAAAAAUAUAGAUAAAAUUGUUCCUAUUCUUUUAAAUUGGAAACAGGAAAUAAAAUUGAUAGACUAAUUUGUUCUCUUUAAAGAUAAAUUGUGUUAAACAUUAUAGUUAAAUGAGGAACACUCCACAGACAAAGACAUUAUAAUUGCAAUUGAUAAUCUUAAAAUGUAAGUUAAUACAUAAAUAUAGCAAUCUGUAUAAAAUUAAGAGAAUAAAUAGCAAAAGUAAAUUAUAGAAUUUAUGAAGUUGUUUGAAAUCGGUGAAGAUGACAAUGUUCAGACAAAGAUUAGCCAAAUUUUCUUACAACUAAAUGAUAUUCAAAGGUUUAUAAAAAUAACUAAGAAAUUAUUAGAACUUGAUGAAGAUAUGAGAUCUGAAGCAUGUCUAACUUAUAUACUAAAAUUGCUUGAAAAGAUGAAGCUAAAUAAAUAUAAUGAUCCAGACCUAAUAAUUAAAAUUUAAAAAGCAUUAAAGGUUGAUGAUCCUGUGUAGAUAUUGCCAAAGAUAGAAAUUUUAUAAAAAAAUAGUAAACUUAAUACUUUAAAUAACUCUCAAAAUUCUUUGAAAAAGAUAUAAUUAUGA